AUAGCGCUGUGAAGCCACCAGAUGUCAGUGUGGCGCUCUUUCACUCCCAUUAAACACCACCGAGGAGAAGACAGUGUAGUGGGUCUGACUCUUGUGACCCAUCGAGCACUGCUGCAGUGUUUUAUUGCUUUACAGUGUGUGUGGAGAUGUUUCUGUAAAAAUGUCUGAAUCUUCGUCAGAGCGCAGUGCGGAAACGCAGCCGGCAGCUGUAGGAGCAGAAUACACCCCGACAGAGGAGGAGAGGAAAGUGUUCAAACAGUGUGACACAGAGAGCUUCUGGUACAGAUCGGUGCCCUUCUCUGCCAGUGCCAUGGCCCUCACUCACAUGCUCGUGAACCAUGGGAAGCUGACGUCGUCUCCUCGCUUUGGGUCUCUGCCUAAAGUGCUGUUUGCUGGUAUGUGUGGCUACUUCGCAGGGAAGCUUUCCUACGUGAAGACGUGUCAGCAUAAAUUCUACAACUUGGAAAAUUCACCCAUCGGAGAAGCUCUUCGACAGAGACAGCGACAUCAUCAACGUCCACCACAACUUGCAGGUCCUCAGUCGGAGCUCAGAGAGGAUGACAAGCCCCAGUUUGAAGUGUUUCAGUCUGAGAGUGUCUCUGAGGCGCCAUAUUCUCCUCCUGAUUACAGCCACACCACGCCCUCAGCUCAACAGCACAGCCAUCACACACACGCUCUGCGUGAUGAGGAGGAUGAGCAGGAAGUGAAGAACAAACCCAUCUUUUAUGAAGAGCUGCGCAACAAGAACAGAGAAAACUACGACAUCACCCGGACCCAGAAAAUAGACAGAGGCGUGCUGAAGAAGGAGGUGAAGAAGAACAAAUAUGGUGACAUGUGGGAGGAGGAGUGAGCAGUGCGGGGGGGUCAUCUGUAUAUUCACUGAUUAAUAAUAAAAUCUCUAAAUGAAAAAAUGAUCAUGGUUUUAUUGGUAAGAAGGGUGUGUGUGAGAGAG